AGAAGUAUCAGUUAGCUAGCAACGCUUCUGCAAACACUUCCUGGAGCUUCCAACGCACAGUGGAAAAUUGUAUCAUUCUAAAAUGAAGUUCACAAUCGCAGCCCUUGCCCUUCUGAUGGCCAUUGCCACCGAGGCUUCUCCCGUGGUUCCCUACACAGCUGGCGUAGUGGCGUACGAUAACGCAUGGCCAGUUGCCACCACUGGAGCUGCCUGGCCCCCGUACUGGUCUGGUAACGCACACUACGGAUACGGUGCAUGGCCAGCCUACGGAAAGAGCUACGGAUACUCGAAUGCUUGGGCUCCGACUGUUGUGUCCACCACCAAGGUCGUCGAUGGAGGUCUGUGGAACUAUGCCCCGUACGGACAUGGAUACGGACACGGAUACGGAUACGGACUGGGAUAUUCCAAGUAUUGGUAGAUUGGGACGGUGAAUGUGUGAGGUCUCUGGAUGUUUGGCCAUGCAAGAAUUUUGUGAUUUGAAUCUGGUUAUGAAAUAUAGGUAAAACUUCAAGAAAUAUUUAACGCAAAA